AUGCGCCGUCCUCGUUCUUCGUGCCCGCAGGAUCCGCCGCGCGCGGAGGUGGCGGCGGCGAUCCAGCAGUGUCGCGGCGCGGGCGUGCGCGUGAUGGUCAUCACGGGCGACAACAAGCUGACGGCGGAGGCGAUCGCGCGGAAGAUCGGGGUGCUCGAGGAGUGGCAGGACGCGGACGAGCACACGUUCACGGGCAGCGAGUUCAUGGCCAUGGACCGCGAGGAGCGCCUGGAGGUGCUGAUGCGGCCGGGGGGCAAGGUGUUCAGCCGCGCGGAGCCGCGGCACAAGCAGGAGAUCGUGCGGUGCCUCAAGGAGGACGGCGAGGUGACCGCGAUGACGGGCGACGGCAUCAACGACGCGCCGGCGCUCAAGCUGGCCGACAUCGGCGUGGCCAUGGGCAUCACGGGCACCGAGGUGGCCAAGGAGGCGAGCGACAUGGUGCUCGCGGACGACAACUUCAGCACGAUCGUCGCGGCGGUCGAGGAGGGCCGCGCGAUCUACGACAACAUGAAGGCCUUCAUCCGGUACAUGAUCUCGUCCAACGUGGGCGAGGUGGCGUCCAUCCUCAUCACCGCGCUGCUCGGGCUCCCCGAGAGCCUCAUCCCCGUGCAGCUGCUGUGGGUCAACCUCGUGACGGACGGGUUCCCCGCCACGGCGCUCUCGUUCAACCCCCCGGAGCCGGGCCUCAUGAACCGCCCGCCGCGCGACCAAAAGGACGGCAUCAUCACGCCGCUCGUGCUCCUGCGCUGGUUCACCAUCGGGUGCGCCGCGCAGACCUGCGAACGCCACGCCCGUUGCGUCGCCGGGCUAUGCUCGUGUGUGGUCUGCUCGAUCUGUCGACAGGCGACGGGACAGUGUGGAUUGUGCGUCGUUUUGAUCUCACGAACGAAUGUUGCCCGUGCAGGAUCUACGUGGGCCUGGCGACCGUGGGCAUCUUCGGCGCGUGGUUCCUGCUCCCGGAGAUCCCCCUGGGCCCGCUCGGGCGCAUCCCGAUCACGCACGACGGGCACACCAACCUCACUUGGCACCAGCUCACCCACUGGACCGAGUGCGCGACCUGGACGGACUUCAAGCCCGCGCCGUACACCGCGGGGUCCGUCACGCUCGCCGACGACGGCAACCCGUGCGCGUACUUCGAGGAGGGCCUCGCGAAGCCCUCGACGCUCGCGCUGUCGGUGCUGGUGCUGA